AUUCAUGCUUAUAGAGAACCUUUAGCAGAAUUAUGGGAAGCAGAUGAGACGGAAUUAUCCAGGCUAUUAAAUAUUGAGAAAAAUUUAAUUAUGAUAGAUGAAAUUAUAAGGCCAUUACUUGAUAACUUAAGCUUUGGUGGAACUUCCGUGAAUGUAAUACUUAGCAAAUUAGUUAUCUAUACAGUAGACUUUUCUAAAGCCAGGUCUUUAAGAUCAUUGCCUGAACACCGUAAACACAAUAAAGCUUUUUUAGAAGCAGUUGCACCAUUAAAACCGGAAAUAAUAUUUGGAUCUAAUGAACAAGGAGGUCCAAACCUCCAAAAAAGAGCAAAGGCAAAAAUAAUUCCUCGUAUACUACUUGGAGAACGAAUACAUAAUCAAAAUCAUAGUUGUGCAUUAGAUGCGCGUCUUAUAAGUGGACAUAAAAUAAGACAUGAGUUUAUGACAGAUAUAAUCUCUAUUAAGGGUGACAGUGGUGCACCUAUAUUUUCUUAUUUACCAGAUUUGAGCACAGUUAGUAUACAUGGUAUACUCAGUGGAGGCUUUGAUGAAAUGACCAACGUUGCGCCAAUAAAUGAAUUUCUUGAGA